AUGACACACUUCGACCUCGCCCUCCCCGGCCUCGACCAGGACCUCCCCGGCCUCGACACCGACGCGCCCCAGUACGAUAUUUUCCAGGACUGGGACGUCCUCAACGAGUUUGCGCUUCUCGGACAGCAGCUCGGCGGACAGCACACGCCCGCCGAAGAACCGCCGUCCGUCGACUCCUGCCCCGUCGGCGCCGACAACGAUGACCUUGACCAUGUCCUGGAGUCCACACCAAUGUCUCACACUGCCUCCUCCACACCGUACUUCCCCAGCCCGCCUGUCACCACGCCGUCCGACACGGCCGGCGCCAGGCCGGGCUUCCCCCAGAGCGCCGUCAGGCUCCUGCGCCAGUGGAUGGCCUCCAACAGCCACUACCCGUACCCCACGCGCGAGGACAAGGAGAUGCUCAGCACCAUGACCGGCCUCAGCCAGACGCAGAUUAUCAAUUGGUUCGCCAACGCCCGAAGGCGCGCCAAGAUGGCCGCGCCCUUGCGCGCACCCGCUUCCUCCACCGAAGCCCUGCCUGCGAUGGACAUUCCCGCCCGGCGCGCAACGCCCGGCAUCCUUGAAGGCAUGAACCCAAUGCAGCGCUGGGAGAAUUCUCCACCCGACAAUGAGCCCGCAGACGUUGCUGCCAUCUUGGGAGCUGUCAAGGCCGCUCGCAUUCCCGCCUCCCCCAGUGACCGGUCCUGUCUGACCCCCGCCUCACGGCACUCCGACGACAGCUCCAGCGUGGGCUUCAGCAACGGCUCCUCCUUUGGACGAUACGACGCGCAGUCCAGCGAGGGCUCCGUACGAUCUGCCCGGUCCUCUCAAGGUGGCGUCUCCCUGUCCCCCUUCCCUGACAGCCACUCGGCGCGUCGCAGACGUCGUCGGAAGCGUGCCGGCCUGCCCACCCACACGACGUAUCCCGCGGCCGCUCGCGGCUCCUUCCAGUGCACCUUCUGCGCCGAAGACUUCCAGACCAAGUACGACUGGCAGCGACACGAAAAGACGUGGCAUCUGUCCAUCGACCGCUGGGUUUGCGCCCCGACCGGGCCCCUCGCGGUCCACCCCGUAACCGGGUCCCUUACCUGUGUAUUUUGCUCGCAGCCAAACCCUGACGCCGCGCACUUCGAAUCUCACAACUUUUCUCUCUGCAGCAGCCGAACACUGACGGAGCGCACGUUCUACCGCAAGGACCAUCUCACGCAGCACGUGCGGCUAGGUCACCACGCCAAGGUUCCGAAGGAGACGCUCGAGACGUGGAAGGCGGCAUCGCCCGAGAUUCGAUCGCGAUGCGGCUUCUGCAAUAUCACUUUACACAGCUGGAGUGCACGGGUCGACCACCUUGCAAUUCACUUUAAGAAUGGUGCCACAAUGGAGCACUGGACAGGCGAUUGGGGCUUUGACGAAGCUGUUCUUCGAACGGUAGAAAACUCUAUACCACCAUAUUUAAUUCAUCUGGAAAAAAUAUCACCGCUACCCUAUGUAGCGAGCAGUGUUUCACCCUGGACCCCAAACAGCCCUUACGAACUGCUCAACAUGGAACUAGAGUACUGGAUAGCGAAUCACACAGACGAUACUGGACGUCCCCCAACAGACACCGAGAUUCAACUGGAAGCAUGUCGCAUCAUCCGCAGCGCCGAUAUUCUAUCUACCGACACUACUACCGCCAAAUCCUGGCUCCGUGAUCUCGUCAUGUCUUGCCCCAAAAUUGCUCGUGACGCCAUGUUUCAAUCCGUCCGCCGCCAGGAGGAAAAUGGCAUGUCUACGCUGCGAAUCAAUGGCAAGGACAACAUCUUCCAAGACUGCGCCUUCGAGAGCGAAUUGCGGCAGUUUACCCUCUCGCUGCCACUGGGCGGCAAAGAGGUGGCCAAUUGGGAACUGCAGGUAGAAGCGGAUCGCAUCUUGCGAAGGACGCAUCAAUCGUCCAGCUCGCACACAAACAAGGACAAUGUCUUGAACUGGCUGCUGAGACUCACGUAUAACUCUACGGAUUGGCUCGAAGAUUUUAGAAAGCGACUUUUUGAGGCCGUGGGCCAAAGCGAAGAAGCGAGAGAGAUCAGCCCGCCCAGCGCCGACCCGAACGCUCUUGAUACCAAAGCUCCAGGUUUUGAGUCACCAAUGGUGCUUGACCCGGCACAGCAGCAAGAACCGACCAAGGAACGCCACAGGGCGGCCGCGGCAAGUCUCAUCAGAGGAUUUUACGACCUCAACGACGCCAACGGCUACCGCCGACUCGCGCGAGGCCUGGCUCGCUUCGUGGCGUCGUCCAUGUCGGACUGCAACCCGAACAAGCACAUUCCCAGCGACGAGGAGAUUCAGCAGCAAGCUCGGUGGCUUGAAUACGGAGAAGGCGAUCCGUGGAAUCAGACGGCGGCUGAUCUGCCUGACUGGCUGGAGCGAUUUAAGCGCGACAUUGGGCUUCUGCCUCGCGACACGGGACCGGGUCUGGGUCUGAUCAAGCGCAAGACAUAG